GACUUCGAGCCGCCGGCGGCGUGCAUCAACCGCAUCGUCAAGGCGGCCCUGCCCGACAGCACGCAGGUGACGCGCGAGGCGAAGACGGCCUUCGCCAAGGCCGCGGGCAUCUUCAUCAUCUACCUGACGACCUGCGCCAACGACGUCUGCAAGGACAAGAAGCGCCAGACCGUGUCCGCGGCCGACGUGCUCCAGGCGUUCGCGGAGUUGGAGCUCGAGGAGAUGAAGGACACGCUCCAGGACUUCCUGGCCCACUUCCGCCAGGCCGAGGGCACGAAGCGCAAG